ACCAACAAACACUGAACACCACCCGAAUAAAGGAAGCUAUAAAUCGACAAAAUCGAGUGUACGGAAAACCGAAGGCGAAAACCCCCAACUGCGGAAAAAGAACCGCAUUAAGGGUUUCGCAGGAGAAGAAGGUGAUGGAAACUCCGAUGCUCGGAUGUGGUGUUGUCGGCCCAGUGACCCGCUCACGAUCGAAAGCUGGAGAAGCGUUGUCAUCGUUGGUGGGGAAGGGUGUCACUACAAAUUCUGAGGAGGAGGCGGUGGGCUUGACAUCAGAACAGCGGCAGGAAUACUCCCGCAAGGAUUUCGAUUACCCUGAGUUUUAUCGUGGACCUUCUAGCGACCUACCUAUACACAUUAUUUUAGCUACAGAAUUCGAUCCAGAUUUACCGGCUAAUUUCUCCCGUCAGAUAAAAAACUCGGCCAAGGCUAUGGAUUAUUACUACAGUCGAUUUAACUCAAACUACGUCGAACCUUUUAAUCCCCUCCUGAUGACAACGCGGGAGGUUGGUGGUGGUUAUUUGGAUUUCGUGGUCAUAGACACCCAUAAAUCAGGUCGACAUGCCAAUGAGAUGUUCCAAGCUAUCCUGUAUACCUCUCCUGGAAAGGAACCCGAGGUCCUGAUGUGCAGACCUGAAUACAUGCCCCCUGGCACCAGGAAAGGUUACCGCCCCUUGAAAGUUGGUUGGUGACAUUUGACAACAGUGGCAGUAUGCUCUGGAAGGUCCAUUUUUAUGGUAUUCGUGUGGAGUGGAUCUCAACUUCUUAAUGUAUGGGAUUUCGAAUGCUUAUUAGCAGUAGUAUGUUUACUAUGUAGUGCAUGGUUCAUUGUAAGUGUUAUCUUUGUGGGGUGAAUUGUAUCUGUCUCUGUCUGCUUUUGGAUGGUAACAAACUACUACUAUGAAAGACCCACUUAGCUUACAGUUUGGUUCAUUUGGACGGUAUGUGUGUGGAAUGGAUCACUUCUUUUUACUAAUGGAUUUUGAACGCU